AUGACAAACUCAUCAACAACAACGACCACCCGCCCCAACGACUUCGGCUCUGACCUCUGGGUUCGCAAGGGCACGGUUGAGAAACGCCACCCAACAGCCGGCCGCGGCCUAUUCGCCGGUCUCCAAGAUCAGAAGCACUACCAAGUCGACUCAGGCUGGGCGAAGCGCGAUUACGAGGCUCCGGGGUUGUUUGCUACAUUGUUUAACCGGAUAUUCGGUGGCAGUUAUCGGCCUCCUCAGUAA